AAAGGGGGUACAAUGGGCUUGUCCCAUUGUAGAUCGCUCAAACCUGGGAACAAGGACUUCAGGAGGCAGAGGAAUCCAAGGGACACCCUUAGCCUGGAAGAGAAAGGGGAGUCGCAUAAGACCUCUCCAAACCAGGUUUAGAGACAGCCUGCCUCAGGCUGGUGUAGGUACUGCAGAGGGUUCCCCUGACUCUGUGGUGUUGAGCGCUGCUGUGGGUACUGGUGGCUGGACAGACCAGUGAGGCCUGUAUGCCUCUGCUCUGAUGAUGCAGGGUGGGUGUCCAUUGAGCACCCCCACAGGAGGCUGGGGCCUUUUCCUCCCCCUGAUCUUGUGUUCUCUGUCCCAGCCUGCCUGACGGGGAGGUGGGAUGAGGGAGAACACUGAUAUGUCUGCCCCUCCCUUUGGGGGUGGGAAGGCCUAGUCAGUGGUGACUCAGUCCCAGGCCAUUCAGGGCUGGGGGUGGCUGCAGCUGCAGCCAGCUGAUUCUAGCUGUGAUGACAGGGACAGCCCCCAAACAGAGACCCAGCAGCUAGCAGUGCCAGGGACAGGGAGGUAGUGGUGGACCUUGCCCUUCCACCCUUGGGUCCUACCAUGUCUGCACCUCCUGGGGGACAUGGUGGACUGAGUUAUGGCUGACACAAGUCUGCAGGUGUCGGGUUCACGGGAUAGAAUGGUCUGAGCAAAGUGGUAGCAUGACCGCUUUGGGGGCUCCCCCAGUUCCUGCUGUUCCUCUUCUCCCUUCCCCCAUCCACUGUCUCUGUUCCCCAGCCAAGGUCCCCUCCCUUGACUCCCUGUCUCCACUGCCCUGGGUCCUGGAGCAGGGCAGGGCCUCCAGCAGCUUCCUUCCUUCCUUUCUUGGGACGGAAACCAAGCUGGGUGGGGGGGACGCCGGACAGGGGAGGGGGUUCAGUAACCACCCUGCUACCCAAAAUGAGUCAGUCCCUAUGUCCCCACCCAUCCCCAGGGAACCUGGGCCACAGUGGGAGGUAGAUAAGUGGGGUGACAGUCUCAGCUGGUCCAAGAACUCUGACCACCUGCUGCCAGCGCUCCUAGCCCCUUCUCAUGGCUCGCUCCAGGACUAGCAUGCUGCCUGCCUCAGCCCCAGGAGCCCCUCCUGUGAACUCUCAACUGGGGCUUACUCAGGAUGUCAAUGGGCCCCCAAGAGAGCUGCGUCCCCGGCUCUGCCACUUGCGAAGGGGACCCCAGGGCUACGGGUUCAACCUGCAUAGUGACAAGUCCCGGCCUGGCCAGUACAUCCGCUCUGUGGACCCUGGCUCUCCUGCUUCUCACUCUGGCCUCCGUGCCCAGGAUCGGCUCAUUGAGGUGAAUGGGCAGAACGUGGAGGGGCUGCGACAUGCCGAGGUUGUCGCCAGAAUCAAGGCACAGGAGGACGAGGCCCGGCUGCUGGUAGUCGAUCCUGAGACUGAUGAACACUUCAAGCGGUUGAGGGUCAUACCCACUGAGGAACAUGUAGAAGGUCCACUGCCAUCACCAGUCACGAACGGGACCAGUCCUGCCCAGGAUGGCAGUACCUGGAAGCGAGACCCCUUCCAGGAAAGUGGCCUCCACCUGAGUCCCACAGCAGCUGAGGCCAAGGAGAAGGCUCGAGCUACUCGGGUCAACAAGCGGGCACCACAGAUGGACUGGAACCGGAAGCGAGAGAUCUUCAGCAACUUCUGAGUCCCUCUUUGCCUGUCCAGGGGUUCCAGGGUCUCUUCCUGCUCGGACCUUGGGCCUCUCCAGAGCUCCCCAAGCCUCAGCAGACUGGAGGGUGGUCACACACCACCCAGAAACCAACCCAUGACCCCAUGAACCCUUGUCUUGUCCACUGGGUGCUGCGGUGGUCAUAGCAAGAUCAGAGAGGAGAGAAACCCAGAGAAGAGAGAGACAGAGAUAGACAGCCAGCCAAGACAGACACGGAGACAGAAACAGUGAGAGAGGGAGGAGCUGUGCGUGGUGGUCUGCCAAGGGCCUCUGCCAUCCUGCCUCGGGCCUGCUGACUGAAAGGAAUUCAUGUUUUCGCUUUUUUUCCUAACCGGUCUCCAGCUCCACAUGUUUCUAGUUAAUAGUGGAGCCCCCUCCCCCAACCCCUUGGGACUCACUCUAAAUAAUUGCAAUAAAACACAACCUUUCUCUGCAAACCCUUUCUUACCCACCCUGUCAGCAGCGCCUUUCUGAGCAGAGACCAGGGAACAGGCAGUCAGGGACCUCAGGGCCAGCUGUGCCUGGAGGAGCUGUCCCUCUGCCCCAUCCCUCACAUGGGAUGGUCCCUAGGCCAGGCCUCUCUUCUCUGCCUAGCUACCCCUGUGCUACCUCCCACAUGCUGGGUUCUGGAAUGCAGAGCCUAGGCUCUCUGAGGGGCCAGAGGAUGGGUGUUCCAUGACUCAAGAGGGCAGCCUCCGGACAAGCCCCUUAUCCUGUUCUGCAGCUCCAGGGCCUGGAAUCGUGGGUCUGUGUGAGCCAUUCUCAGGUAUGAUCCUGGGCUCCUGGGCCUGUCCCCUGCCUUAUGCCUACCUGGCUCCUACCCUCCACCCUUGACUCCCCAAACUCACUCACUGGCACUGCAGUCUGCCUCAUAAGCCAUAGCGCACGCGCGCCCUCAAAUUAAACAGGCCUUGCCUUGAACUCUG